CUCUCUAGUCACCAAAAAAAGAGCCUAAAAUGGCCAAACUCGCUAGCUUCCUCUUCCUUCAACUCCUCUUCAUCACCUCCUUCCUCACGACAACAAAUGCACUCUACAAUGUAGUGGACUUUGGAGCCCGGCCUAACAGCCAAACCGAUUCGGCCCGAUCAUUCCUUCAGGCUUGGGCCGCAGCCUGUAGCUCAUCAAAGCCCGCAAGUAUUCACGUCCCGAACGGGAGGUUCUACAUAAGCCAGGCCAAAUUUAACGGCCCGUGUCGGAAUAAUGCUAUAAAGUUCAUUAUUGAUGGGGUCAUCGUUGCUCCUUCGAUGUAUUACAGGCGAGGAGAUCAAAGCACAUGGAUUGAGUUCAAUGACGUUGAUGGUGUUUCUAUUGAUGGAGGAAUUCUUGAUGGAAGAGGUGGGCCCUUGUGGGCUUGCAAGCUAUCGGGCCGACACUGUCCGAGUGGUGCAACGACCCUCACCUUCGGCGACUCGAAGAACAUCGAGGUCGUCGGCAUGACGUCAUCAAACAGCGAGCUGUAUCAUAUUGUGAUAGAGCGGUGCCAAAAUGUGAAGGUGGUCGGAGUCAACAUCGUGGCGUCGGGCACGAGCCCUAAUACUGAUGGCAUUCAUGUUCAGAUGUCGAGUGACGUCAGCAUUCUGCAGACGAAUAUUAAGACCGGCGAUGAUUGCGUUUCUGUGGGACCGGGUACUAGUGGGCUUUGGAUCCAGCGUGUCUUUUGUGGGCCUGGGCAUGGCAUCAGCAUUGGUAGUUUAGGAAAGGGAGGAGACCAAGAAGAGGGGGUGCAAAACGUGACGGUAAAAUCUACUGUGUUCUCAGGAACACAGAACGGACUCAGGAUCAAAACAUGGGGAACCAACACGAAAGGGUUCGUAAGCGGAGUUACGUUCAUCGACGCGGUUAUGCGAAAUGUGCAGAAUCCAAUCAUCAUCGACCAAAAUUACUGCCCUCACAGCCACGAUUGCCCCGAUCAGAGUUCUCAUGUUAGGGUAAGUAAUGUGAAAUAUGAGGGCAUUAGAGGAACAUCUGCUACUGAAAAGGCAGUAAAUUUUGACUGUAGUGAGAGUAAUCCUUGCAGUGGAAUUAGUUUGAAGGACAUAAAGCUCACGUAUGAGAAUCAAGCUGCUCAAUCUUUUUGCAAACAUGCAGAUGGAGUUGCUUCUGGCUCAAUAAUCCCACCAAGUUGUUUACCCAGAAAAGGGGGAGAAAUAAUCCUCAAGAACUUCAUUACUGGAACCAUGGAAGAAGAGAUCGCCAACAAGCAAAUAAUCCUCAAGAACUUCAUUACCGGAACUCCAAAAGAGUCAGACAUGGAGCUGAGAGAGGGCAAAAUUGGGAUUAGGGUUCCGGCGGGCUCCGGUGUUGUUCUUGUGAAGAAUCUUUACCUUUCUUGCGACCCUUACUUGAGAGGAAGAAUGAGGGAGAACUACAAUUCCUACAUUCCUCCGUUUCAACCCAAUUCGGUUAUAGAGGGUUUUGGAGUGGCUAAAGUUGUGGAUUCUGAUGACCCUGAUUUUGCGGUGGGCGAUUUUGUCGAGGGAAUGACUGGAUGGGAGGAGUAUAGUUUGAUUGUGAAGGCUGGGAUGUUGAGGAAAAUCGAGAUGAAUGAUGUUCCGCUCUCGUACCACGUCGGCCUUCUUGGUAUGCCAGGUUUUACUGCCUAUGCUGGAUUUUAUGAAGUUUGUUGUCCUAAAAAAGGAGAGAGCGUUUUUGUAUCUGCUGCAUCUGGUGCAGUAGGCCAGCUUGUUGGUCAGCUCGCAAAACUGUAUGGUUGUUAUGUUGUUGGCAGUGCAAGCACAAACCAAAAGAUCGAUCUUCUGAAGAACAAACUUGGGUUUGACGAAGCUUUCAAUUACAGAGAGGAACCAGACUUGAAUGCAGCCUUAAAAAGGUACUUCCCAUCAGGCAUCGACAUCUACUUUGACAAUGUGGGUGGAGCCAUGCUGGACGCAGUGCUCCUCAACAUGAGGCUUCGUGGUCGGAUCGCUGUUUGUGGAAUGGUGUCUCAACACGGAACUAACAGCGAAGGGAUUCGUAACCUGUUCUCUCUCAUACCAAAACGAAUAAGGAUGCAGGGCUUCCUUCAGAGCGACUACCAGCAUCUCUUUCCUCAGUUCUUGGAUUGUAUGGCCAGUUAUUACAGGCAAGGGAAGAUUGUUUACAUUGAGGACAUGAGCGAAGGGCUCGAGAGUGCUCCGGCUGCUUUUGUUGGGUUAUUUUCUGGUAAGAAUGUCGGGAAGCAGGUUGUGUGCAUCUCACGAGAAUGACUUAUCCCUACACCCUAUUUCGGGUAUUCUUUCCAGAAUGAUAUCCUUGUCAACAUUGAGUAAGGAUUUAUCUUAUGAUCGGGCUUCAUUAGUCCAUUGUUCUAAGGAAUAAGGUGGCUAACUCCCACAUUCUCCCUUUGAUAGGGGAGAUUUUCUUCUUCGUACCUUGUUUUAUGUUUUCAUUAAGUGGGAAUAUGUUGCUGAAGACCGUGAGGUGAAGUCAUCUUGUACCGUGAGUCGAAGUCAUCUUGUACCAAUGUGCCGUUAUUAGUUGUCCUCCUGAGGACUGAUUUUUCAUGAUAUGAUUCAGCAAAUGAUGUUUCCACAGGAACACUUGAAGUAUGGUAACUCUACAGUUGUUUGUAGAGCAUAUAUUGAAUAUUUCUUCUGCUUUUCA